GCGAUGCUCAAGCAAUGCUCAAGACGCAUCGGGAACUCGAAAACUCAUCGAGAAUGUCGCGUCGCAUAGUUACCAAGACAAUAUCGAUUCACUGGAGGGCGAUGCAUCGCAAGAACCACCAUAACUGUGCUCUUGGCACUCUCUCUGCGGGCUGUGUUAUGUUAUCAUGACUGCUCAAGAGGUGGCCGUCUCUCCUCCCGAGUCCCCCACCUUUCUCUACGCUGGCGUUCUCUUUUGACAACCAUCAACUUUUCUCUGACUUCCUCCUCUCCGUAGACUUUCUGCAUCCGUGUUAGCUCACCAUCUCAAUACCCCCACGCUCAUUGUUGGACUCCCUUUACCAUGUCUCCUCCAUCAGAUUCUUUGCCUGAUACCCAGUCGGACGUUCACGUCAGCAGUCUUGCGAAGCGCAUUCAUGGCUGGAGCUGGCAGGCGUUUCCCAUCGGUAUGGGUACUGGCGCCGUGUACGUUUCGCUCGCCGGCCUGAAGAACCACUCGUCUACGCUCACAAGCGUAGAGACAUUCUUCUAUUUCCUGAACAUGGCCCUCUUCCUCCUCAACACCACCACGCUUGCUCUACAAGCCAUCCUCUAUCCCCGCCAGUCGCUGCGUCUCAUCAAGGACCCUGUUAAGGGCGUGUUCGUGCCCCUUGUCGUCUUAUCUUUCGCGACGAUCAUCAUCGGCACGAUCAACUACGGCGUACCUCCUGGACAUGUGCAUCCGAACUUCAUCUACAACUUGUUCUGGGCAUACGUCACACUCGCUGUCGUUGUCUGCUUCCCCAUGCUUAUGAUCUGGUUCAACCAACCACAUGAUAUCAAAACGUUCACUCCAGCAUGGGCGUUUCUGAUCUUCCCUAUGAUGCUCGUCGGUGUCGUUGCUUUUAAUGUUCUGCGCGUCAUUUCACCGACCGAUACCCGCGCCAUUGGCGUCCUCGUCACCGGCUACUUCUUCCAAGGUCUUGGCUUCUUCAUGACCUUCUUUUACAUCUGCAUCUAUAUCAUACGGAUUAUGACGACUGGCUUCAUGGAUGGGCACCAAGCAAACGGCGCGUUUGUCGCAUGCGGUCCCCCCGGGUUCACCGCCCUGGCCCUGCUCAACCUUGGAGCGCGUGCAAAAGAAAUCCUGCCCGCUCACAACCUCGUCUCUCCUAACGCCGGCGAGAUCAUGUAUGCGUGCUCAGCCCUCGGCGCGCUCCUGCUCUACGGCCUCGCCGUGUUCUUCUUCGUCUUCGGUGCAUUGCCGUACUGGUUCAAGUUGCACAAGCACCUCCACGAGAUCCUGGGAUGCUGGGCGCUGACUUUCCCCAACGUUGGCUGGAUCGCAACAACCAAGGUGCUGGCCGACACAUUCGUCAUCCCGGGCUUUUACGUCGUGCACCUCAUCAUGGUCAUCCUCAUGUGCAUUGCCUGGCUGAUUCUCUUCGCGCUCACGAUUCUCGCGUUCUGGAAGGGCAAGAUCUUCAUGGCCAAGGAUGAGGAGGUCCUCCGGGACACGUCAAGCCUUCUGGCGAAGGACGCCGAGAAGGGGCGUCGUUCGAGUUCGACUUGGGUGGGCGCGGCAAGGAGCGGCCAUCCGAGCAUCACCGGCCCGUUGGACCUGGACGCACGCGUGGACGCGAACAGGACGGGCAGGGUGGAUACUCUCCACCUCGGAGGACUGGGACACCCGGAAAGCAACCGUUUCUGAGUUCCCGCCUAUAUCGCUGGAGGCCAUUUCUUGCUCAUAGAACGCUCGGACUUUCUUGGACAAACCAUUAUCGCACAGCAUCCCUGUCUAUAGAUCUUAUAUUCGACUAGACCACAACCCAUAGAUUUUGUGCGGUCGCACUCUUGCAUCAUCCGUGUGGAUAGAU